AUGGACAACCUUGUCCAAGAAAAUGGCAUCCAUGUGGCUGAAACAACAAACUCCCGAAUACUCGACUUCGAGAGAUUUCACAUUACCGAUCGUUACUGGCGUAAUAGCCCCUCCGUCAGAACACUCAUGGCAGAUGUCAAAGGUGUCACUAAUCGCCCCAUGAUAUGCUCGCGUGACUGGGAGAUACACUAUCCCCAGCUUGACAAGCUAUACGGUAAUGCGCAGCAUACGAUUCAUGCCGUUACAGAGGCUAUUGUCGCUUGGUGCGAAGCCAUUAUAGGCCUCGUAACAGACGAAUCAAACUGGAAAUGGAAGAAUGAAUUGAUUCGCAACGUGGAUAGGAGAAACGGAAGAAUCCGACUCAAGAUCAAGAUACACCAAGCAGAGUCGCCUUCUGUCGUAUGGUCAGAUAAAGUCCUAGGUUUCGUCCUUUUUAUCCCGGAAGCCAAUGUAAUGGACUUGUCUGGCCUGAAUCUUGAAUUCAAGAAGCAACUACUCUCUGCCUUUGACAGCGACGAACUCUACCACAUUCCUCAAGCGCAAUACGUCAAGAUCCCAAGCGAGCUUCUCCUCAGACAUCCGUACUAUCUCAGCAUUCAGGCUAGUCGGGCUUGCAUCAUCGUCAAAAGCAGUCACUCUCCUAGUCUAUUUCUCGCCGAAUACCUCCGCAAGAACUGCCGUCGUUCUGGCAAGCAGAUAUCCGCAAUGGAACACAUAUUUGAGACAAAGGGACCCCCCGUCAUCGACAUCACGCUUGACCAAAGCCCAUUCACCCCUAAAGAGAGCGCCAUCUACGACACCCUCACCCUCAAACCCGCGUUUUUAUCUGGUGGCCGUGUCAACCCCAUCUCUCCCUUGAUCUUGGUCCGUCUAGUCGAGAAUGAGCUGGGAUAUGAAAUCGACAGCAGUGACCAAAACAGCUGGUACUUUAUCAGGAGAGAACCUCUGGAAGAACCUCUGAGAGAACCUCUGAGAGUAGUCUACCAGUAA